UUGUGCGUAGUUAGAGCACUCAAAACAUGUUUUGCUUGCUGCAGAACAAAGGCAGGUUCUGAACAUACAGUUUGUGUUAGGAGAUAUUUCAUUUUUCUAUCAUCUACAUCAAGACAUAGUUGAUUAAGUCUGUCCCUGACCCAUACUUUUUACAGACUUCUUCAAAUACAAAAAAAGAUUUAUAUUAAGAUUCUGCUUUUCUCAUUCAGUUUCUUUGAACACGGGAAACUGCUUUAACUUUUUUUUCUGGCAGCAGGUUUAGAUAAUUAUGUCUGAUCUUAUCUAGACCAAGAUCUACAAUAAAAAGGAGCACUGGAGCAAGAGCUCAAAGCAAACAGCAGGGGAACAAACUCUUGGUCUUCGUACUUCAAUUCUCUCUGGUGUCUGCAGGAUCUGAAAGUCAAGAAUGGGUCAACUCUGUGCAAAGUGCACCCAGUUGCAGUAUGACCUUGUUCUCUCAGUGAAAAAGUUCUCCUCAAAUCUGGUGCAGGAUGUUAAAGAGUGUUUGGCUCAGAUCCGUGACUGCCCUUGCCUAAAGAGAACAAAGUUUGAGACCAGACACCUUUACAAGUCUACUCUUCAACAUCGUGAAGAGGUGAUUGCCCAGGAGUUUCUGCAGCGCGUUGAAAAAGGUUUUGAAAUAUCACCACUUGGUGAGCUCUCCCUGAUGGCGCUGAAGACCUUGGCAUGUUCUGAGAAUCCUGAUUUGCAGAAGUCUGCUUCCCUCUUUUACUUACAUAUAAGUCAAUGCUUGAACGUACAGCUGCCUGCAGAGCAUUUGGAAACAUAUUAUGUUCUGCUGAAGUCUAAUGACUUGGAGGUUCAGCAGAUUUCAUCGUUGUCCCUUGUCACUUUCUUACUGAAAGGAAAUGUACCCAAAGAAUAUGUGAUCCAAGUGGAUUUACUGGAGCCAAUUCUUGAGCUGCUUGAGUCAAGUGAUGCUACUGUCCAGUGUAAUUCCUGUGCCUGCAUAAUGAUACUUGCUGUCUCAGAUACCAACCGAGAAGCAAUAGCUUCUGCUGGAGGAAUUGUGCCCUUACUUACUCUUUCUAAAUCUUAUGAUCCUAGAGUCCAACAAUAUGCAGUCGGAGCGAUUUUCAACCUUACACAAUCAGAAUGGGUCCAGCAAAUUUUGUGUCGGCAAGGUGCUCUCCCUGUUCUCACUCUUUUGUUAGAGUCUCCUGAUUCAGAAGUGCAGUACUAUAGCUGUGCAGCUCUAAGCAACAUGGCAACAAACUCUCAACACCAUGAAGCCAUGUUGCAAACUGGGGACCGGUUUCUUCUGCGGAUGCUCCUUUCCCUCCUCUCUUCUUCUGUAGACAAGGUUUCAAACCAGGCUUGUGUUUGUCUCAGGAAUUUAGUUACAAGUGAGAGUGUCCAGACCAGCCUUAUUGCUAUGGGCAUCCUGCCCCACUUGCUCCCACUUCUUGAUUCGAACAAUACAGAAGUUCAACAGAAUUCGAUUGUUCUCCUCCGGAUGCUAUCCCAGCACCCAGACAACCAGGAUGUACUAGUGUGUCAUGAAGUGCUGCAGAGCGUGGGAAAGCUGCUGAUUACCAGGAAAACCAAUCCAGUGAUUAUUGGUCACGCUGCCUGUUUCAUCAAAAGUCUAAGCUAUUCAAAAAGCAUAAAGACAGUCAUUGAAAAUCCAUGUGUUGAAGGACUUCUUCAGGCUAUCCAUGAUGCUGAGUAUCUGGAUGAGGAAGCACUUCACUGUGUGACAUCCUGUCUUGGAGAGCUAGUGAAACAUGAAGGAGGUUUGUUGCGUAUCCUGGAAUUAAUGGAUGAACCACUGUUGAGUUGUCUCGUGAGGCUGGCAGGCCAAGUGGAACAAACAGAACCUUCCUUCCAAGCUGCCAUCGUGAUCAAACAUCUAAUACAGCAUGAGGAGGUGGUGUGUCUGCUGAAAUACCACCUCAGCAAGAUUCAGGAAUACCUCAUGAAGUACCUUACCCACCAGGAGACUCGCUUUCAGCAGUUGGGCAUAUCCACACUCUGUCUUUUACAGAAAGAUUUGGAAUUUUCAUCAGCGUUCAGACAGAGCCAAUUGAAGAAACACCUUGAUCAAAUCUGUCAACAAACUGAAGAAAUGCAAGAGCUCCUCAGGAUGGCUGUAAGCAACGUGGACACAUGAGAAAUUGUUCUGUUCUGUAUCCAUUUGUUGCAGAGAAAAUGGAUAUUUAAAUGUCACAGGCAUGACUUCAGAUAACGAAGCUCCUGUGUGGCCGCCUCAUAGCUUAGUUUGCAUGUUGUGUCUCUGGGCAAGCCAAGAGCCAGCAUAUGCAUCAUAAAAUUCUUCCUUCCACCCCUGGGAUGGACCACAAAAGUGUAAUUCACACAGGCAUGUUUUAUUGCUUUAUUACUCAUCACUAGAUUCAUAGAUGGAUGUGUGAAUAGACUUCACUGUAAAGUAUGGAAGUGACAUGGAUUCUGUUUAUACUGUUUUAUCAAGCAUGCAUAUGUGAACCAACUCGGACAGGCUUAUUGUACCUGUGGAGUCUGCAGAUUUGCAUCAUCCUUACAGAGUCUUUCCUAAACUGAAAGUGCCUACACUGGCAGAUUUGUUAGCUCAACUCUGACAGCAUGUAGUCCAUUAAACUAGGCAAAUAGCAAACAUACAGCACAUUUUGCAUACUCUUGGAUGUUCUGACAGCCUUGAAUUGACUGCCAAAAGCUUUGGAAGUUGGCAGCAUUCGUGGUCAAAGUAUCUAAACCAUCUGCUCCCAGAUGCCUGGUAGCAAACAAUUGGUAGAUACUUCCCACAUGAAAUUUUCUGAACAAAAACUUUAUUAAAAUUUAUAUUUAUAGAAUGAAAAAAGUGGUAGCUGGUAGUAUUAUGGUGCCUGUUUAUGUUUACACAUGAAUAAGGUUUUUUUUUCAGUCUGAAGAUAUAUUGUAAAGGGGUCUUCAGUUUCAUCAUCAGGAUUUUAUUACAUAAUCCAGAAUACGAUUUUUUGACACUUAGAUUAGCUGGCUUCUUGCUCCAGGUUUUAAUUAAAACUGUAUCUCAAUUUUUCAAAAUGUUCCACUCUGGAUGACUGUAAUAUGAAAUGUAUGCAUUUUAGAAACACCAGUCAAUACUCCAUGUUAUCCAAUUCACUGUAUGGCCCCACCUCUUCAGUUACUAUUGAAUACUAUUGAUGUUUCAUUCACUUGUAUUAGACUUUGCAGCAACAACCAAGAGUUCCACCAAAUAUGACUUGAGGUAUAUUUGCAACUAUCACUAUUCACCUCCAUGCGUAAUGAUAUCCCCCUAUCAAUUUAUGUGUCUCCUGAGUACCCAAACCAAAACACCAUUGAAGAGAACUGUACAAUCCUUUGUAUGGGUUGUUUUCCACAGUGUACACAGUUUUGGAAUACAUUUAUUAGUAAAUCUAAAGCCUUCCAAAUACUUACAUCUAUUUCUCAAAGUGUUCUCAUGAGUUUUAUCACUUAACAAUAUGGAUAUAUGGCUGCAUUGUACGGCAGAGAACAGAAGUUCUGUGAAACAAACAUUAGAAGAACCAUAUCACUGGAUUCAGGGUAGUUACAUUUUAUAUUGGUCCAUUUUUAAAGUUUUCAGUAAUAGAAUGUUAUAUUAAAUGCAAAAAUAUAUGAAAUAAAAACCUUUUAAGGUUUGUUCCCAU